GAAUCAUUCUAGUCCAUGAUUUAACAAAUAGAAAGUCACAGCAUAAUUUGAGAUCCUGGUUGGCAGAAGUUCUAAGAAAAGAUAAUAAAUCAUCAGGAAAUGGAUAUGACUAUGAUCCUGAAGAAUUUGCUGGGAACCAGAUACCAUUACUUGUGAUAGGAACCAAAGCUGACCAGGCAGAGAAUAUGAGGGACAAGGGAAAGUCUAGAACAUCAUCUGUAGCUGAAGAGUUUGGGGCUGACCAGUUUGAUUUGGAUUGUCAGAAUGUUAAAUAUCUCGCUCCGGGUUCAACUAAUGCAGUAAAACUAUCAAGAUUUUUUGACAAAGUAA